AUGGACGAAUUGGCAAAUCUCGAUGAACUUCCAUCCGAAAUCAAGUCCAUGAUUAUCAAUGGCUGUGACAAAGACGAUCCCCAAGCCUUGCUUCUUACCAGCACACGUCUCAAAGGUGUCGUGGAGCGCAAGCUGUAUGAAGAAAUCACUCUCGAUGAGACGCAGUCCAAGGGCGAUGCCGUCAUGGCCAUAGCGGACAGCCCCCGUGCCGGUCUUGUCCGUACUAUUAUCUACGCCCCCCACGACCCUCAACCCAUGCAGUCCGACGAUCAUGAUGCUGAGAUCGAGUUGAGCGAGGCUACUGUUGAGGUUCUCCGCUCUCUACACAAAUUCCCGGCCUUAGAAACCUUUCGCUUUCGUUGUGAUAUCGGAGGGUGGGACUACAACAACUGGCCUCACGGGGCAUAUCACUUCUGGAUGCAUACCCGGGAAAUGGCAGAAGGGGCACUGGCGGCCGAAUCAGAGGAGCCUUGCAGGAGGCUACUGAAUGGGAGCCUUGUUGCCCUGUGUGAGAGUGCGGGGGCUUUCAAGGCGCUGGAGUUGUAUAAUCUGCCUCCGAUUCCCACCCAAGAAGGGUCCUACUCAGUGUUUCGAAUGGGUAAAUGGCUGGCCCUGGUGCGAGGUCUGAAAUCAUUUGACUUGCAACUCGCCGGCUGCGAGGGUGGAGGUGCACUCAACAUGACGUGUGCUCACCAAGAGUAUAUUGCCGAUUUCGUGGAUCAUACGAUCAGAAAUCUAACCAGCGUGGAGCGCCUACGCCUGGCUGGUGACCCGGAGGGCACGAUUGGGCACUAUGAUGAACAGGAGAGUUUUGACUGGACGGUACUGGACCUUCCUUGCCUGAAGGAGUUUGAACUGAAGUGGUCGAGCUUUGAAUCUGGGUUGCCUCAGUUUCUCGCCAAGCAUGCCAAACGGUCUCUAGAGGAGAUUCAUCUCCGUCGGUGUUUCGCGAUGGGCUUGGAUGCUUGGGAGCAGAUUCUGAAGGGAAUUCAAGAUUCUCAGCCCCCGAAGCUCGUCAAGGUGAGAAUCGAGCCGUACCCGGUGCUCAAGAGUACAGCAUUCGGGGGCAGCGAGAACUACGACGACUUGCCGCCGCGGUUUGUGGAAAAAUGGGAACGAGGAGAGGUGACGUUCGACGUAGAGCUUGAUCGGCGGUUCAGGCGGUUCGUCAUCGCGGAAACCUGCGAGAGCUACGGGGCUCUCCAAAUAAAGGACGACGACUACGAUUCGGGUCUGGAGGGUGAGGAAUUUGAGGAUCAGAUGGAGGAGUUUGGGUCGGACCUUGAUGAGGCCAAGCUGGAUGGCGAUUGGAAGGCGGUGCAGGACAUCUGCGCAAGAAACAGCAUCAAGGCUGCAAAGGCGUAG